UGUAAGCGCCGCCAGCUACAUCUAGGAUGGAGGACGAGGCCAAGUGCGUGGCGGAGCGCGACCGCGGGCUGUGCAUAUGUGGCGGCGCGGGGGGCGGGGCCACGACGCUGGCGGGCUCGCUCGCAGACGUGCGCCGCGCGUACGAGGAGCGCAUCGCCGCCGUGCUCGCCUCGCACAGACCGGACAAGCUGCAGCUGCAGGUGUCCGUGCUGAAGGAGUGGGUGCGGGACCUGACGGCGCAGAACGCGCUGCUGGCGGCCACCGUCGAGGAGCUCGAGACCACCGUCACCGGCCUCGUACCCGAGCGCCGCAGACUCACUGAGAGCAAAGUGUCGUGCGACAGAGCCAACGCGCUGCAGGCACUCAACGACAAACUGGAGAAAGACAAUCUGAAGAAGGAAAGGGAGAUCAAGCGGCUGCGGAGAGAGUUGCAGGAGCGUGAGAAGACCUGCGUGCAGAGACCGCCUGCUAACGCCAGCGCCGGCUGCACAUUAGUGGUGACGACAUCGGAGGCGCAGGUGGCGGCGAAGCUGUGCGAGUGCGGGCCCGGGCUCGCCAGCGCCGCGCCCGCUCCCGAGCUCGACAGAGAGGCGAGAGAACAGCAGCGGCGAGUGCAAGACCUCGAGGAUAAGUUAAAGGCUGCGAGCGCGGUGGGCGUGCGGCUGCGAGAGAGCGUGCGCGCGCUGCGGGCGGCGUGCGCGGCGCGCGACCGCCGCUGGCGAGCCGCCGCGCAGCACUCGCACUUCCGGGACCUCAUCGCGCACGAGCUGUGCCGACAGCUGCGCGCCGCCAAGGCGCAGAAACUGCGACAUCACAGCGUGCUAUCAGAAACGCGCUCUCGUGCGAGUCGCUGGAGGCGGCGCGCGAGCCGUUACCGCUGCAGUCGGCGCCGCAGUCGCCGACACGGCCGCAGUCGCAGCCGCUGCCGCAGCGACAGUCGACGCCGCAGCCGCAGCGUCGUCUGCGCCGCAAGCGUCGUUCGCUGGACUCCUUGUGUGGGUGGGCGUGGUGGGGCGACGUCGCCGCCCCGCAGCCCGCGCGCGCUCGACGCCACCGACGAUGACGUGCGACUCAUCGACCGGUCGCCGUCGCCGCCGCUGCUGGUCUCCGACGCGUCCCUGGACGAGGGCAGCCCGGUGCUGCUGUGCCGCUCCGCCGCCUCCGUCGCCGACCUUCGUCGCUCCGAGAAACACCCCAAGCGGGAGACACCUUCGGCCGCAGAAGACCAGCUCGAACAACAGAAGCGCCCGGCUCCAGCCAAUCAAUUUGAGCUACAGAAACGUCCAGCUACAGAGCUCGGGCCACAGAAACGUCCGGCUGCAGAAGAAAACCUCAAGAGAGAGACCAAACCAGAUAAACGGGAAGGAGAGGAUGUAAAGGAGCUCAGCACGGAGCCCGUGAGCCUGGGCAGCAGCGCCGACAGCACCCGCGCCAGCCACGCCGAGGACCAGCUACACACCACCAUGCAGAUUCUGAAGAACAAGGAGGAGACGGUGCGCGUGCAGGCGGAGAGCCUGGCGCUGGCGGAGGCGCGCAUCGCCGACCUCAGCCGCCGGCUGAACGCGCUCGCCCGCAACGACCGCGACGACCGCAACGACCGCAGCCACAGAGACGAGCCGGCGCGCACUCGCGAGUGCUCCACCUCGUGCUGCGCGAGCGCCGCCGACGACGACACCAGCGCUCAUCUGGAGUGCGAGUGUAGCUGCGGGCUGGCAGAGGAGAACAAGAGGCUGAAACUGGCCAACGACAGCCUGGAGCGAGAGACGCGUGACCUGCACGAGAGAGUGAGACAGCUAGAGCAGAGUGUGAGAGACAAGGACAGCCUGCUGCACAAGUACGAGCAGCUGGCCGGAGGGAAAGAGACGCACGACAGCGGCGCCGUCGACGCGCUGUCGUCGCAGCUACAGCUGAUGCUCGGUGUGUUGAACGAAAAAUCGAGCCGGCUGCAGAGCGCGGAGGGCAAAACGCAGCGCCUGCGCGAGCGGCUGAAGAAAAUGGACUCAGUUGCAAAGGAGCAGAACGUAGCGGUGCGCGAGGAGCUGAGCCAACUGACGCUGCAGGUUGAGCGGCUGCGGCGCGCCGGCGAGGGAGCGGGACGAACGAACAUAUCCGCCCACAGGAAUCAAGUGGAAUCGCUACCAGACCAGGGGUCAUUCAUAGACCUCCGCCGCGAACAUCCUUGCACGCUCGGCGGGCCGUGCGCCCGCGUGCAAGCGAGACGACAAGAACGCGAAACGGACCGGUGUACACGUGUGAGAGUGGGACGGCAACAACGCCUCAGCGAGGAGCCGUGCUCGCAAUGCGGCAGUGAUUGUGCGAUUGCGCCGCCCGUCCCGCCGCGAAGAUUCACAAAGAAAAAAAAUAUUUGUGAGGACCAGGAGUGCUGGUGCGAGGCGGACUGCGACUGCUCUGGGUGCUGCCAGGUCGGCACGUGCGCGGAACUGCACGGCGCCUGCUCACACCACACCCGACCGUCCAGACGUGGACACCGGUCAGCAUCAGAGACGCUAGAGCGCGUGGCGGCGUCGCGCGAGGCCGUUGCCAGCGCGCGGGAGCGGUGGCGGCGUCGAGCGGCUACACACUCGUAGCGACGUCUAGCGGACAUGACAGCUCAUGUCGCGACGUGUAACGAUACACUCCUAGCGACAUCACAUCUAACGGUCGAGUUGACGCGUCGACAUGGAUAAUAAAAUAAUAAAAAAAUCGAAUAAAUGAAGAAAAAAUA